AUGCUCUCUCCACGAGCCUUGACUCUCGCCGCAAGGUCGACCCGAUCCCUUGUCCGACCUCAACCACGUCUUUUCAAAGCUCCAUUCUCCGUCGCAACGGCGCAGAGGGCAGCUAUUCCACGAAAUGUGGUUGGAGAUUUCCCUUCCGACAAGGCCAUUGGGGAGAUUGACGACCCAGAGAUGAAUGGUGGCUACAUAAACCCUCCCAGAAUCAAGAGACAACACCGAGACCCUUAUGCCGACUGGGACGACAAGCAAGAACGGAGGAAUUUUGGCGAACCGGUACACGAAGACAAUGAAGUGCUGGGUGUCUUUGCCCUCGAGGAUUACACGCAUUUGACUACCGGCCAAGGGCUGUUGCUCUGGGGAGGCUUUAUUUCAUGUAUCCUUGGGAUCACCUACUUCGUCAAAGCGACCUACCCAGGGAAACCCAGUGUGCCCACGGAAUAUCCAGGUGGAUUGGACCAAGAACUGGGAGGAGCAGGCGCUGUCAGGGCUCACAAGGCAGGAGAUGCAGUAAAGCGUGUGUAG